AUGGUGCAAGGGAGCGGAGCAGACGCUUCAUCGCGCCAGGUGGUCAUCAUCCACAGGAACGUGCGAGACAUUGGCGGGGCCAACUGGCCGGUCCUCACACGCAGAAACUACGGCGAGUGGGCGGUGCAGAUGAAGGUCAAGUUGCGUGCGCACAAGCUUUGGCGGGCCAUCGAGGAAGGUACCGAGGAUGAAGAAGAGGACUGCGCAGCGAUGGAAGCGAUUCUGUCCGCUCUGCCUCACGAGUAUGUGGAGUCGCUGGGCGUAAAGGACUCCGCAAAGGCUGCUUGGGACGCCCUCAAGGACAUGCGCAUCGGGUCUGAUCGCGCAAAGAAGGCGAAGGCGCAGCCACUCGUCAGUCAGCUGGCGGCGCACGGCGUCACUAUCACCGACGAGGAUGCUGUCGUGAAAUGCUUGCGCGUCGUGCGGCGUAAGUAUGCCCUGAUCGCGCUCUCCAUCGAGACGUUGAUCGACAUGUCCUCCCUCAUGAUUUAG